AAUCUUUUUCUCUUUCUUUUUCUUUCUCAACAAAAUAAAAUAACCAUGUUCGUUGUUUCGCGUAUUGCCUCUGCUGCCUCCAAGCGUGCUUUCUCCACCUCCGCUGCUAACCUUUCCAAGGUUGCCGUCCUCGGUGCUGCCGGUGGUAUCGGUCAACCUCUCUCGCUUCUCAUGAAGCAGAACCCCCAUGUCACUGAGCUCUCUCUCUACGAUAUUGUCAACACCCCCGGUGUUGCCGCUGAUAUCAGCCACAUCAACACCAAAUCUGUUGUCAAGGGCUUCACUGCCGAGAACGAAGGUUUGAAGGCUGCUCUUGAGGAUGCUCACGUUGUCAUCAUCCCUGCUGGUGUCCCCCGUAAGCCCGGUAUGACCCGUGAUGACUUGUUCAACACCAACGCCUCCAUCGUCCGUGACUUGGCCGAGGCUUCCGCCAAGUACUGCCCCAACGCUCACUUCUUGAUCAUCUCCAACCCCGUUAACUCCACCGUCCCCAUUUUUGCCGAAACCUUGAAGAAGGCCGGUGUCUUUAACCCCAAACGUUUGUAUGGUGUCACCACCCUCGACGUUGUCCGCGCCUCGCGUUUCGUUGCUGAAAUCAAGAACAAGGACCCCAAGGACGUCAACUGCGUCGUGGUUGGAGGUCACUCCGGUAUUACGAUCGUCCCUCUUUUGUCGCAAUUGGGUGAAUCGUUCACCAAGGAAGAAAUUGAUGCUCUGACCCACCGUAUUCAGUUUGGUGGUGACGAAGUUGUCCAGGCCAAGAACGGCACUGGUUCCGCCACUCUUUCCAUGGCUUUCGCUGGUGCCCGUUUCGCCAGCUCCGUCCUCGACGCUACCGUUGGUGGCAAGAAGAAUGUUAUUGAGCCCUCGUUUGUCCAGUCCGACCUUUUCAAGGACCAGGGCGUCGAAUACUUCUCCACCAACAUCGAGCUUGGUAAGGACGGUGUUGAAAAGAUCCACGGCUUGGGCGAAAUCUCCGACUACGAAAAGGAUUUGAUCAGCAAGGCCGUUCCUGAACUCAAGAAGAACAUCUCCAAGGGCAACAGCUUUGUCCAAUAGAUCCCAUGUACAUUAAAGUCUGUGUUAGUUCACACUCAUUUCCAGCAAACACACUCAAAAAAAUUUAAUAAAUGAAUAUAGUACGCUUGUUUUGGUUUGUCAUGUAAUU